AUGGCGUUCUUCUUCUCUGGACACGCACCGUCGCUGCUAACCACUUCGUCUCUUCUUAUCUCGACAUUCAGUUACUUUAUCAGUCCUAAUCCGCAAAAAUUGUUUCUUCAAAAUGUGAAGUCGAACAUGUGGCUUUUCUCUCCAUUCGUGUCCGGCGCUCUAGCUAUGAAUGUGGUCAUCCUGUUGAUCGGCUACAGAAUCUUAAACCUUGCCGAACCACAUGUUAGCCUUGCACUCCUCACACAGAAUGGUGUUACGUCUGACCUUGGACAUGGGUCCUGGUCGCGUUUCGCAAGGCGUACGUUUCUCCUCGGAGCAACACUCCCCCUGUACAUAAUACUGCUUGUGUCAACGAAUGAUCGAUUGAUUCAAGGAAUUACAACAACAUUGGUCGCUCACACCGUGCUAGCCGAACUUUCAACGGUUUACUGUGUGACUUCAUAUGAAGUCCGUGGAGCGUGGCCUCGCAGUAUACUGGUAGCCAGAUCUGUUUCCGCUGCCGAUAGUCUCACGCAGGACCAAAUUGUGAACAAGGGCAAAGAGAGUGGAUCUGAGAAAAGCAAGGAGCAUAAACACAUUGCACCAAACCAUUCUUUGAGAGAUAAUCUCUGCGAUCGCGUACACCAGCUCCCGCCAUUGGCAGCCCAGCCGGAUCUUACGUCUGCAUCACAGUCUUUUCAUCUGCAGCAAACUCCCCAUUUGGAAAACCUCUUUCAUCCAAACGCCUCAGCCCAGUGGAUGUGUGGACACUGGCGUUGUCUAAUUUACGUUAUUUUGCACAAAGUUGUGAGAGUAAUCAGUUGGUCUUGGUCACUGAUCGAGCUAGGGUCCACCGCCUGGCUUUUACAAUGCGAAGUGGAACCAGUCACGCUCCGACUUGCUGGCAAGCUAUUGGAAGUCGACAUCCUCAAUGGUGUGAUCUCUACGCUAUACGACAUAUGUGUUGCUUUGUUCAUAUUCAUACUAGUCUACAUUGCCUGCAUGAUACUAGUCGUCCGCCUCUUUUUCUCUACGCCUCUGAUUACCCGCCUGUCCAACCAAGUCUACAUCCUGCAGCGGAUGCAGCAGAAAUUCCAGGACCUUGCUGAAGCCGCCCCAAUCACCCAUAGGGCUCUCAAAGCUUUAUUGAUACAUUUCAUACCUGUAAUCUCGAGUUAUUAUGGCUCCAUCGCCUUGAUCACGCGUGCCAUAGGCUUGACAAAGGAAAAGCUCUCGUUCAUCUUUAAGAUCAUGAUGAUUUCAACCCUUUACAUAACAAUAUGCUGCCUUCCAGUUGGAUCGGACCAGGCUUCCACGGAGCCAGAUGUGGCUCCUUGCAAAAAGAGUCAGGGCGCUCAAGACCUAGAUACCACCGUGUCGGGCUCGCCGUACUCCGAUGAACAUGACGAAUUUCCCCGGAUAGGAUCUGGAUAUCCUCAGACACCGAAGGAACUUCGCUCGGCGAUAUUUCGAUUAGCUAUCACUGUCCCUACGCUGACUGUCUGGAUUUACUUUUAUCGGUAAAUAAUUUAAAGAGAAAAUAACAG